UGGCGAAAACAGUUGAAUAAACAGAACAGCUGAUGAGUUGGUUAUACAGAAUGGAAAGCACCUUCUUUGAUACUGCGAUGUGACUCUGGCAGUAUAAAAUCACAACGAUGACGGAAUACUAAAAAAAAUACCAGUGUUUGAUAACAAAAUAAAGAGUGCAAUUCAGAUAAUGUAACUUUAGCUUUGUAAUUUCGUUUUUAAAUGAGUUUUAUUUUUAAUUUUAUUGCUGCUUUGGUUCGCAAAAUGCUGGAGCUGCUACAAAUCGGGGGCAAAUUAACGCACACGUUGAGCAUUUACGUGAAAACAAAUACGGGUCGCACAUUGUCCGUGAACUUAGAACCGCAGUGGGACAUAAAAAACGUUAAGGAGCUUGUGGCGCCACAGCUGGGUCUACAGCCAGAAGAAGUGAAAAUUAUAUUCGCCGGCAAAGAGCUAAGCGAUGCCACAACAAUUGAGCAAUGUGAUCUUGGCCAGCAGAGCGUGCUACACGCCAUUCGCUUGCGUCCGCCUGUGCGUGAACGCAAGGCCAGCGCCUUAAUGGAGGAGGAGUCAAGUCCGGAGGAGCCGUCAAAGCCGUUAAAUGAAACCUUGCUCGAUUUGCAACUGGAGAGCGAGGAGCGCUUAAACAUCACCGACGAGGAACGGGUGCGUGCUAAGGCGCAUUUCUUUGUCCAUUGUGGCCAAUGCAGCAAACUGUGCAAGGGCAAGCUGCGUGUGCGUUGUGCUCUAUGCAAAGGUGGGGCCUUCACCGUGCAUCGCGAUCCCGAGUGCUGGGAUGAUGUUUUGAAAGCGCGUCGCAUACGCGGCCACUGCGAGAGUCUCGAAAUUGCUUGCGUGGACAACGAGGCUGGUGAUCCGCCCUUUGCCGAGUUUUAUUUCAAGUGCGCAGAGCAUGUCUCUGGCGGCGAAAAGGAUUUCGCUGUGCCGUUAAAUCUAAUUAAGAACAACAUUAAAAAUGUACCAUGUUUAGCCUGCACGGAGGUCAGCGAAACUGUACUGGUCUUUCCGUGUGCCUCACAGCACGUCACCUGUAUCGAUUGCUUUCGCGACUAUUGUCGCUCGCGUCUCAGUGAACGUCAGUUUAUGCCACAUCCGGACUUCGGUUACACUUUGCCAUGUCCGGCAGGCUGUGAGCAUUCCUUUAUAGAGGAGAUUCAUCACUUUAAGCUGCUGUCACGCGAGGAAUAUGAACGCUACCAACGCUUUGCCACCGAAGAAUUCGUUCUGCAGGCAGGUGGCGUCCUCUGUCCACAGCCGGGUUGUGGCAUGGGUCUGCUCGUCGAGCCCGACUGUCGCAAGGUGACCUGCCAGAAUGGCUGUGGCUAUGUCUUCUGUCGCAAUUGCUUGCAGGGCUAUCACAUUGGCGAAUGCUUGCCCGAAGGAGCGAGCGGGACUGCUUCCAAUUCUUGUGAAUACACUGUCGAUCCGAAUCGUGCAGCCGAAGCUCGAUGGGAAGAGGCCAGCAAUGUAACAAUCAAAGUGAGCACCAAACCCUGUCCGAAAUGCCGCACGCCCACAGAACGAGAUGGUGGCUGCAUGCACAUGGUCUGCACACGCGCCGGCUGCGGCUUCGAGUGGUGUUGGGUCUGUCAAACAGAAUGGACGCGUGACUGUAUGGGCGCCCAUUGGUUUGGCUAAGCGCUCGCUCUGUUCCGAGAACAAACUUUGUUUAUUGUUUUUAUUUGUGUUCUACAUCUGCUGGCUGUAUUUGAAGACUGUUAAAAGUUGUUUGAAAGAAAAGUGCGUGUGCAGAUGAACCUGCAGCUCUUCACCAAAUUGCAAAUAAAUUUAUAAAAGUUA